UCUGAUCAAAUGCUUAGAAGUGGAAGUUGUUUGUUUGUUUGUUUGGUGUGUCUAUUUUAGUUCAAUAUGACAAUUGCUUCCUUCUUCACCAGAGCCUCCAGGGCUCUCAAAAGUACUUCCCCUUUCUGCUCCAACUUUCUGCUUCUCUGCGCUUUAAGUGGUGGAGGUGUGGUGGCACUCUCAGAAUCACAAUCAGAAGCCCAACAUCCUAAAAUUGAAGAUCGUGAGCCCCGGAAAAAGAAAGUUGUGGUCCUUGGAACUGGAUGGGGUGCUACUAGUUUUCUUAAGGGUUUGGAUGCUUCAUUAUAUGAUGUUCAGGUUGUUUCGCCUCGUAAUUACUUUGCAUUUACUCCCUUAUUACCCAGUGUCACUUGCGGGACAGUUGAAGCACGGAGCAUCGUAGAACCGGUCCGAAACAUUAUUAAAAAGACUAAUGGAGAAAUAAAAUUUUGGGAAGCAGAAUGCAUUAAGAUUGAUGCUGCAGACAAAAAGGUUUUAUGUCGGUGUAAUAUUGAAAACUUAGUGGGAAGUGGUGAAUUUUCUCUGGAUUAUGACUUCUUGGUUGUAGCAGUAGGAGCACAAGUUAAUACUUUUAAUACCCCUGGUGUCAAGGAGAACUGUCAUUUUCUCAAGGACGUCGAGGACGCUCAGAAGAUCAGACUGUCUGUAAUAGAUUGUCUUGAGAAGGCUGUUCUUCCUAGUCAAUCUGAAGAGGAGCAAAGGUCAAAUCUUCAUUUUGUAGUCGUUGGAGGAGGUCCAACUGGUGUUGAAUUUGCUGCAGAGCUGCAUGAUUAUAUCCAAGAAGACUUGAUCAAAUUAUAUCCUUCUGUUAAAGAUAAAGUGAAGAUAACGUUAAUUCAAUCUGGCGAUCACAUCUUGAACAUGUUCGAUGAAAGAAUAAGUUCAUUUGCUGAGCAGAAGUUUACGAGAGAUGGUAUAGAAGUUCAAACCGGAUGCCGGGUUUUGAGUGUUAAUGACCAAGAAAUUACAAUGAAGGUGAAAUCAACGGGAUCGGUUUGUUCUGUUCCCCAUGGAUUGAUUGUCUGGUCCACUGGCAUUUGUACUGUUCCAGUUAUAAGGGACUUUAUGCAAGAAAUUGGUCAGGCUAAGAGGCAUGUACUAGCAACUAAUGAAUGGUUGCGAGUAGAAGGAUGUGAAAAUGUGUAUGCCAUUGGUGACUGUUCAUCAAUAAAUCAACGUAAAAUCAAGGAUGAUAUCAUCGACAUAUUUAAGGCUGCAGACAAAAACAACUCCGGUACUUUAACCAUAGAAGAAUUCCAAGAAGUGAUGGAUGACAUAAUUGUAAGAUAUCCUCAAGUUGAAUACUAUCUAAAGAAGAAAAACAUACUUGAUUUGAGGGUUCUGUGGAACGACCCGCAAGGAAAUGAAAGAGAAGAAAUAGACAUAGAAGGGUUUAAGCUAGCCCUUUCUCUUGCAGAUUCACAGGUGAAGAGUCUUCCAGCAACUGCACAGGUUGCUGCACAACAAGGUGCUUAUCUAGCUAAUUGCUUUAACCGCAUUGAUCAUAUUGAAGAGCAUCCAGAAGGACCACGACGAUUUACAGGAUCUGGACAUCAUAACUUUCGUCCUUUCAGUUUGCACUCUUCACACCAAUCCUUAUAAGAGAGAAAAAGUUUAUGUUUCCUACUUGCAAAAAAUAAUUAAUGCAUUGAACAAUGUCAAACAAGUCGUAUACAAAGAGACAAACAGAUUUGGAAAAAGUGUUUGCUGUAUGUGAAUGCCUGAAUGGAUAUCAGUGAAAUCAAGUAUAACUGUUACAUUAGUCUUAUUAGAAAUAAAUGAGUUAGUUAGAGUUGACUUAGUUAGUUAGUUGAUUAAACAUAGUUGAUGAGUUAGUUAGUUGAUUAAACUUAGUUAGUUGAUUAACCUUAGUUAGUUGAUUAGUUAGUUAGUUGGGUGGUUAAGUUCAGAUGUGCUCUAUAAAUAGAGCUAUUAUAUUCAUUGUUUUGUAAUCUUUUUAAUCAUCAAUAUAUAUGAAAUAUUCUUCA